UCAGGACGGCGAUCGUGUUGGACACGACGACGAUCGUAUCGAUGACGACCGUGGCGGACACGAUGACCACCGUACUCGUCACGACGGCCAUCGUGUCCGACCCGACGACCAUCGUGGCGGACCCGACGACCAUCGAGGCGGACCCGACGACCGUCGUGUCGGACACGACGACGGCCGUGCUCAAUACGAUGGCGGUCGUGUUCGACACAACGACGGCCGUUUUCGACACGACGUCGGUCGUGUUCGACACGACGACGGCCGUGCACGACACGACGACGAUCGUGUUCAAUGAGCCGGACAUGACGACGAGCGUGUUUCGACACGACGACGUCCGUGUUCGACACAAUGGCGAUAGUGUUCGACCCGACAACGAUCGUGUUCGACACGGCGACGAUCGUGUUCGACACGACGAGGAUCGUGUUCGACACGACGACGACAGUGUCGAGCACGACGACGAUCGGCGUCGUCUCUUCACUGUUACUAUGGAGAUCUCUCAUAUGACCCCAGCACUUUGGCAUGCACGCAAGGCACACCCUUUCCCACCUUGCACGAUGUACGUCCGGCAAUGUCAGGGCAGCGUAACCUAUGACGGCGCUUGUCCCGAAGACUUCGAAUGCGACCCUUGGAUGAAAAUCCUCUCGUUUGGCGACAAACAUUUGGACUCGUGGGAGGAGUACGAGUGGGUGAACAUGACGGAGAGAUGCCCGCGGGCGUGCAAUUAUGAGUUCGCCAAUAUGUCGGAACUCGGCAAACGCAUUCCUGUGUCGUUCGAUGAGCUGCGUCCCGUGCGCUUGCCUCAAUUGUGUAAAAAGCUAAAAAUAAGUCAUCUUGUAAGGGUUUUGGACUACGAAUAUGUGACAACCUCACCGCGCACCUGGUGUCGUGUUAUGAACCAAGAGUUACUCGAUUGUGCGCGACAUUCUCAGUUCCUCGAUCAUUAUCCGUUGCAAUCUCCCGGUUUGUCGCCAAGAGCAGUUUCGUAUUGUUGUGUGAGAUUGGGUCAAGCAUACUUCAUCUUUUGUAGGGUCCUCUGUAUUGCCGUUUCGAGCAGGGCAAGAAACUUGACCGACGCUGUCGUGUAUGUGUCCAGGAACGAGUUAUCUAUGUCUGGGAGGGAUAUGUGCUUAGUUCAAAGACAGGUAGAUGGGAGACUGGAUAUCGUGGUGGGUGGCCAGGUGGAGGACGUUGGCGCAUGGCGCGAGGUCGAGGCUAAAGUCGUUUCAAUUUGGGAUGCUAUAGGCGCUUCUCUCGUCGGGAACUCCGGGUUCGUGCGCAUGACAUACAUUUCGGUGUUUGCUGAAACGGCGCAGCAGCUGACCUUCGGAUCGCCACUUAGCGUGUUGAAUGGACGCAACGGCGAGAUUGUUCCCCGUAGACCGGAUUCGGCUGUGUUGAUGAGUGGUGGGGCGGCGGGUCGAGAAGAGGAGGCUACUGGUCGGCAGGGGAAAUCUACGAUGGGCGUUGUGCCCAGGCGUAGAAGGUCUGGUGACACGUCCGUUGCAAGUGUGGGAGACGAGGUGCCUGUCGUCAACCACAAAGACAAUUGCAGGAUGUUGGACUGGGUGGGUGGAAUCGGGGAACCCUCGGGUGGGCUGGUUUUGCACGUGGUGAUCAAAGAUAACAUUGUUCCGAUUGGCGGUUUGGUGAAGUGGAGUGGAGGAAAUUCACCGUUGGCCAUGUUGGAGUUGACGAUGGUCCUUAAUGCUAAAGAUCGGGGAGAAAGGUCCGUGUCGCGGCCAAAUCGUGACGUCAGCCCCUUUGAAGCGUAUGAGUUGGUCAUUCCUGCUGAGCCGCAUUAUUUUGGAGAUGACGACGAGGAGAACAGCGAGGAAGAUUGGGAGCGCGAUGAAGAAUGCGAAGAAUAUGAGGAGGGUGGCGGAGAAGAGGAAGUAGAGAGUGAGCACACAAUCAGCGAGAGGGGUGGGCCGGGCGGAUUGGAGGGUCGUCUAGGGGUUGAGUAUGAGAACGAAGGGCAAGAAGAGGAAACGACCGGCGAGGGAGGGUAUGCAGAUGUGUAUCGGGUCCGACUAACUGAGAAGAAAAGGAAGAUCAGGCAAGAGAGGAGAAGUGUUUUGGACAGUAAGAAAACCAAGCAGGAGGGGGGAGCCAAGCAAGAGGAGGGCAAACGCAAGUUGAAAAUGCUGCCAAUUGAGGAGGCCGUCCAACGUACGAGGGAGGCUGAGGAGGCCAUGAAGAAAAAACGGCAGCCAAGGAAAAAAGCAGCGAAGGGAGGUGUGAUGGAAAAAAUUUCCGUUUUUCCACCAGACCAGCCACAGUCGGAUGAAGACGCUGUGGGCAAGACAGUCACCAGACUGCCCGGUUUGCAGAUUCUGCCGCCCGUGAAUUCUUAUGGUCAUUUGAGCAAAGGCUUCUUCCUUGAGUUCGACGAGAAUGGUAACCAGAGGCCGGAAAUGCAGUUCAUUUCUGUCAAGUUGGACAGGAUUCUGGAUAUCCCUGACGAGGAAUUCAGAUAUAAUCAACGCUUCCUCGGUCAGGAGCUUAUUGAUGACCUUUACAAGACAAUGGUUGAAUCGGGUGAGGCAGCUAUCAGAGAGAGAACGAUCGGGGCAACCGGGGUGAAUGUAUGUGCAUUGUACGAGAAGCAUGUCCUUUUGUUGAUUGGGCUACAUGAUACAAUGCAUACUGACGCUUCCAGCACAAAUGUGAGGGCGAGAAGAGUGACGCCCGGCGAAUUCGAUCUCCAAUUCGUGCGCAAGUACUACUGGUACCCUCUCAGUGGUCAACAGAAUGUUGCGGCGACGAGGAAAUGUUCUCAAGAACACCCUGACAUCGCCCGUGAGCUUCGUUUGGAUUACGUGACUGCAAGGCCUGUUUACUAUCCGGAUAGGAGCAUGGAUAAUUACUGCACCUUGAGCACUUUCCAAAAUGCGAAGGACAAAUGGAAUACUCCUCCACACCAGAUUGCUAUCAUUAAGAAUAUACGAAAGUUGUGGCAAAAAGUCGGUCGUCCAGAAGCUAUAAGCAGAUCUGCUGCAGACGUCAAAAAUAAGGAUUACAAAGAGUUUGUGGCGAUGGCUGCGCGCGACCGGGAGGCGACGGACGAUGUGUUCGACAAGGUGCAACAAGUGUAUUCUACUUGGGAGAGUGGACAGUUGUCGGGUAGAGAUGGUGUGAAACCUGCCACCAAACAAGGUGAAUCGGGGAAAGCGCCAAAACCUGACCCCGGAUUCGAGUUGGAAAAAGGAGUCAGGGUUCCAGUGCACUGGAUUCAGGGUACUAGAGGACCUGGUUACCUCGUGGCUGUGCGCGAUCCGGAUGUCAAAUCAUGGAAGGCUAUGUCUACGUUGGGGAGGUGUGAGAGGCUUCAAGUGUUGCGAGACAUUCUCACGGGAAGUGUCAUACUGGCUCCAAGGCUACGUAAAGUUGCUCACACUGCCGGGAAACAUUCGAUGGAGACAUACGUGGAAAUGGUGAAGCAGGAAAGAGUAAUGUUGAGAAUGUUUUACUACUUCGUCUUCAUUUCUGACCCUCACAAGAAGCCGUCAGAGUGGAAGGAACCAUUCUUCGACAACCUUUCUGAUUUGUUCGCUAAGUAUUGUAAUCAAGGAUUGACAUCGGAGAGGUGGAUCGACCAGCGACGACAUUUCAAAGAAAUGAGUUGGGUGCGGUCAUUUCCGGCUACACUUGGAGGCGAGGAUGAGAAAGGAGAGGAGGGCUUCAAGAAAACAAAAUCGCUUGCAAACAAAUGCUCCGAAGAGUUCAUUCAAUUUGUCAACAAGUUGUUGCGUAGAUCCGAAAAUGGGGGUUCGCAUAGCAUUCGUCCAUCAUCUGUCGAGCAGGUGGCUGACAUAUCGGCACUUGUGCGGAGAGAGAGAAAGCUGAAGACGUUGACUGAUGUCGUAGAGAAGAACUUUCUUCCAUCUAAGUGGAAAAUGGCAGGUAUGGAUCCACCGGAGAAAGUUGUCCAUGAUGGUAUGGAAAGGGAGCCGAAUGCGAUGGUGGAGACAUUAGAGCAUUUUUGUCCUGCGGAUGAGGCUGUCGUUUUCCUGGGGAAAGGUCAUGCGGGAUUGGUUUGGGAGCUGUUAAAGAGUCACCGUCAUUGCAUUGUGCUGGAAGGAGAGGGUAUGAAGUUCGAGUUCCUCACUCAGUUCAUUGACAAGAUGGUCAAAACUCGAGAUUACUUCGCCAAAUUUAUUAAGUCGCCUCCUCGAUAUGAUGAAGGGCGUGAUCUCGUCUACAAGGUUGGCCAAAACAUGGUCAAUAUUUGGGAGUUUCUCUUCGAAACAAAGCCGCAACACAGAGGGGAACGUACUUACGUCCUUAGAAGAAGAAAAGUGGAGACGCUUUUGAGGGGUUAUCAUAAAGCACCAUCGGAGAGGGAAGUUCCAUUUCUCGACCGCUUGGAGAAAAUGUACUUCGACCAACAAAUCGGGGCGUUUACAAUCGCAGGUUAUGCGACUUGUUUUGUGGAUGGUGAGGAAUUUGAUGCCGACGACUCAGAAGAAGAGAGUGUUGAUGACACUUUGCAAUCGGCUUUGACAGAUGAGAGGCAAAGAGCUCGUAGCCCGGCUUCGCAGAGAAUGGGUGUUCCAGGCACAUCGUCCGGUUAUGGAGGAGCUUCGAGCAUGGCGGUUUCGAUGGAUCAGUUAAUGACUUGGCCGCCGACUUCUUCUAUUGUUACACCGACUCAGAUGGCAGGCAAUACGAUGACGGAGCCAUCCGGAGGCAGUCUGGAUCCGAAGCUUCUAGCAAUGCUCUCCCCAGACUUGUUGGCAACUCUGGCACCAUUUGCGCACAGCCCAAGUACUGUUAUGGAAUUGCUACGCUCUCGAACUCCACAACAACCUCCAUCUGAUGAGCCUUUGGAGUACGAGAUUGGAGACAUAAUCCCUGCGGACAUUGGACUGCUUUCGGGGCCUAUAGUGUGCCGAGAUGAUUAUACGGUGACGGAUGAUGUCACAUGGGGGUCCCACGGUCGAGUCGAACACGACAGUGGCCUCGCAUUGGAGCGUUCCCGGCUUGACCAAGCGAAGAAACUCACAGUCGAGUCGAACCCGACAGUGGGAUCGGGAAUGAUCGCCGGUGCAACUGGCAAGGCUUCGGGACCAAGGGGGGGUAGUACAACUGUCGGCGGUGCUUCACCUAUCAAAGGGUCACACGGUCAUGUCGAACACGACACUCGUCCAGCAUUCGAGCGCUCACGGCUUGACCAAGCGAAGAAACUCACUGUCGAGUCGAACCCGACAGUGGGAUCGGGAUCAAUCGCUGGUACAAGUGGCAAGGCUUCGAGACCAAUCAACGUUGUUUCACCUUUCGAAGGGUCACACGACGGUCGAGUUGAACACGACAGGGGUCCACUAUUGGAGCGCUCCCAGCUUCACCGAGCGGAGAAACUCGUGGUUGAGUCCAACCCGACACAACAAUGGGGAUCGAUUGUCGGUGCGAGUGCCAAAACUUCGGGACGAAAAGGCAGUGUGAGUUGCGAGGGCGUGAGUACAACUGACCAAGUUUGGGUGACUACGAUACUAGUGUGCGACAGUGUCGCUAUGGAAGUGGAUAUUACUGGUACACUCACGGAAUUACAGAUGGCGUCGUCGACGAUGCCAGCCGAAAUCAGGAGUCGGAACAUCAUGCGAAUCAUUCAUUUCUUCCUCGGAGAGUUGAGGAUGUGUAUAGACUAUAGGGGUCUGAAUGUUGUUACAGUGAAGAAUGUUGAGCCACUGCCUAGGAUAGACGAUCUUUUAGAUCGAGUGCAAGGGGCAAAGUACUUCUCCAAGAUAGAUUUGAAGUUUGGAUAUCAUCAGAUAGAGGUGCAUCCUGAUGAUCAUUAUAAGACAGCCUUCCGGACCAGAUAUGGGCACUAUGAGUUCACAGUGAUGCCCUUUGGACUAACCAAUGCGCCAACGACGUUCCAGCGCGAUAUGAACGAUUUGUUUAAGUCAUGGUUAGAUAGAUUUGUUGUUGUCUACUUAGACGAUAUCUUAGUGUUUAGCAAGACCCUCCAUGAACAUCAGGGUCAUCUCAGGCAGGUCUUGGAGAAGCUGAGAGAAGCUAACUUCAAGAUCAACGCAAAGAAGUGCGAUUGGGCGAAGACCCAAGUCUUAUAUCUAGGCCACGUCUUAGAUGGAGGCGGCGUUAAGCCAGAAGAUUAUAAAAUCGCAGCGAUUAGAGAUUGGCCCACGCCACGUACGCUGACAGAGUUGCGAUCGUUUUUGGGCUUAGCUAACUACUAUAGGAAGUUCGUGAGGAACUUCUCCACUAUCGUUGCGCCCCUUCGCAGAUUGCUGAGGAAGGAAACCAUCUGGAAGUGGGAUAAGGACUGCACAUCUGCUAUGAAGAAGCUGAAGCAGGCACUAAUAGAAUAUCCAGUCCUUAAGGUAGCCGAUCCGUCCUUGCCCUUUGUCGUCACUACGGAUGCUAGCCAGUACGACAUAGUUGCGGUGUUGCAGCAAGACGAUGGCAACGGUUAUAGGCCCGUAGAGUUCAUGUCUGCUAGAAUGCCUUUAGAGAAGGUUGCGACAUCUACUUAUGAGAGGGAGCUCUACGCUCUUAGGCAAGCGUUAUAACAUUGGAAACACUACUUGCUUGGGAGACACUUCAAGGUCUAUUCUGACCACGAGACAUUGCGAUGGUUAAAGAUGCACGCCAAGAUGACACCUAAACUUACUAGGUGGGCCGCAGAGAUAGACCAGUACGACUUCGAGCUCAAGCCAGUCAAAGGGAAGUAUAACGUAGUUGCGGACGCUCUGAGUAGAAGAGCUGAUUACUUUGGGGCCAUAGUCCAUUAUCUAGAUAUAGGGUCAGAUCUACAACAAAAAGUUAAAGAGGCG